UUAUUGAUAUUGGAAAGAAUACAGGAAAGAAAGAAAACAUGAAAACAUGAGGUGGAUAAGAGUGAGGGGUUGGCUCUCCGAGAGGGCAGGUUGGGGGCAUUUAUCAUUGUAAUUCUGAUCAAUCUGAUGGACGAUUGUUGACGGCUUUAAUCCCAGUGCUUAAACACAAGUCAAGUGAUUCAUAAGCCAGGCCUGUCAAAUCUCGCUGUCAAGUGCUUCAUCAUAGUAGUACAUUCAAUGUGAGAAUGUCAUAACUGGAAUUCUCUCCCUGAAAGAAACAUGAGGGUGAGGAUGAUUGAACAACUGGGACACAAAGAGACAGAGAGGGAGAGUGAGAGUGAGCAAAAGUGGCAGAGAGAGAAAACGAGGGGGAAACUGAAAGGCAAAGAUCAUCAUCAGUACCGUACUAGCAACCAAAAUGUUGUACUGCUAUUGUGAUGAACACUGUCCAGAGAUUACACGGAACAAUACCUGCUACCCCAGCCCAGGAGGAUGGUGCUUUGCUCAGAUACAAGCAGGAGAGGAUGGGGUAGAACACGAAACACCAAUCAGAUCGUAUGGAUGUUUAGCACCGGAGGAAGAUGGGGGUUUGAUGCAGUGCAAGGGUCAGCUUAGCAAUCACAGAAUAUCCCGUACAGUCUACUGCUGUAAUGAUGAGCCUAAUUGUAAUCUUAAGCUCAACCCUACCCUACCCCCUACUACUACCUCAACAACAACAGAACUGCCAGGUGUAGAAGACACCUACAACACGACCGUCCACCAAAUAGCUCUUCUCAUCUCCGUCACUUUCUGUGCCGCAGCAUUCAUCAUUGCUCUUACAUUCUUCUACUUGAGGUAUAAGAAGAGAGAGGUGAGAAGACGCUAUGACUUUGAGGUAGCGCAGCAAGACGACUCAUUCAUUGGACCGGGGGAGACCUUAUCAGAACUACUCGAGAAGUCCAGCGCAUCUGGAAGCGGUUCUGGACUUCCUCUCCUCGUCCAACGCACCAUUGCCAAGCAAGUUCAGCUGAUACGUAAGAUUGGGAAAGGGCGCUAUGGUGAGGUCUGGAAGGCCAAAUGGAGAGGGGAGAAUGUCGCCGUCAAAAUCUAUUUCACUGCUGAAGAGGCCAGCUGGUUUAGGGAAACAGAGAUCUAUCAAACAGUUCUCAUGAGGCAUACAAGCAUAUUAAGUUUUAUUGCAGCAGACAUACGAGGCAGCGGGGCCUACACCCAGCUCUUCCUGAUCACAGAGUACCAUGAAUGGGGCUCCCUCUAUGACUUCCUCAACGUGAACAUCCUUGAUUCACAGAGCAUGCUUCGUCUGGCGUACUCUGCGGCCAACGGACUGGCUCAUCUCCACACAGAGAUCUGCGGCAUGCAGGGCAAGCCUGCCAUCGCUCAUAGGGACGUCAAGUCCUCUAACAUCAUGGUGAGGAAGAAUGGAACGUGUAUGAUUGCUGACAUGUCACUAGCUGCCCGCUUCCUCAGUGAGGGUAACGAGAUAGACCUAGGCCAGAACACGAGGCUAGGAACCACUCGGUACCUACCUCCAGAGGUGUUGGACAAUGUGUUGAUGAGUAACACAUUUGAUGCCUUCAAGAUGGCGGAUAUGUAUUCCUUCGGCAUGGUGCUGUGGGAGAUUGCUAGGAGAUGUGUCACAAGAGGAAUCGUUGAGGAAUGUCAGCUGCCGUUCUAUGAUGCUGUUCCUAUGGAUCCCAGCAUAGAGGAUAUGAGGAGAGUGGUGGUGAUAGAGAGGAGGAGACCAGACAUACCAAAUAGAUGGAGUGGAGAUGAUAUUCUACGAACCAUCUCCAAAGUGAUGUCAGAAUGCUGGAACCAGAACCCGGCCGCCAGAGUCACCUCCCUCCGAGUGAAGAAGACGCUGGGAAAACUACAAGAAAAUGAAUUUAAAGUUUAGAGCUAGAUAGACGCAAGCCCUUGAAGGAUUGCAUAGACUUGCACAGACUAUUUUGCAACAGGGAUCACAUAGGUUUCUACAGAGCGUGAAUGUGAACUUUGGAUUGUAGCAGUUGUAGGUUAUGGCAAACUGAGAGUUCAAAGGAUGUCAAUUUGCAUAUGGUGUGAAGCACAGCAAUGGAGCCAGCAAGGUCUUGAAGCAGAGUAGUGAGAAAGAUGGAAAGCUUUGUGCAAAUCUUAUCAGAUGAAGCAGAGAGUGGUCAACAGACUCAAGCAGGUUUUUAACUGUUGUCCAAAACAAUUAGAGGUGUUGACACGACUGUGUGAAAAGUAUGUCAAAAUGGUAACACAAACCAAAGCCACUACACCAGUAGGAUUGCUAAUGGCAGUCCAAGACAGAGAUUAGCUGAAGCACUGGCAUUUACAGAACAAGGACACAUACACAGAGCUGAGCCAAGAUUUGUGGUUCCUGAUGUAUCGUCACACAUGUCUAAUUUCUCACGGUUCAUCGACUGUGGUCAAAUGCACCUAGAAGUGACGAGAAAUACCUAUUUAAUUUUUCUUCGGAUUGAUAUUUACCAAAUGAACUAAACAAACCAAAUCAUCGCAGAUUAUGCAGUACUCUUGUACUUCUUUAAAUGCUCAAAUCUUAAAAGUACUUGCACCAGGGAAUGUUGUUGUGGUCAUUGAUGAAUUAUUGUGUACUUUCACAGCUAUAGCUAAGUAGGUGGUCUUGUAUGUAAGAUAGGUAAACAUUGAAUGCAGCACACAUUGAAAUCACUUAUAUGACAUCCAAGCUAGCCCCUUCUGAGCUUUCAGAAUUGCAAACAAUUAUGGAAAUGAGCCUGUAAUGGUCAAAUUAGGGGUCUUAAAUCUUUGUUUUAAUUGUCGAAUCAGGCUGAGACAUCUUCUUUGGAAACAAACCUUGACAAAGUACAUGAAUGUAUCUUGCUUUUACUUUUGGGUUAGACAAAUAGUCAUAUUUUAAUCCGAACUUACAGCAGAAUGCUAACUUCUUUUUUUUUGGGGGGGGGGGGGGAGGGGGGAUUCACUGCCCGUGGCUCAGAAGGUGUUGGUAUACUAAAAAAUAAAAAAAAUUGGCAGACAUCUUGGAUUAUACGUAGUCGUUUUACUAUUUUGGAUGUGGGUUGUUGAACUUGGGGGGGGGGGGGUUCGCUGGUUCACUGGUUUAUGCUGUGAAAGAACACAAUUUUGUAAGCAUCAUUAGCGACUAUUUAUUCUUAUCAGUACUCUAUACUACUGUAUCUUAUAUGGGUGCAGGUCAGCAGUAACAUAGUUUGGAAUUACAGAAUAUACAAGAACAAGUUUCUAGGGUAUUAAAUAUACCUGCAGGUGAAUUACAGCUUUGUCGUGUUUACUUUCUGGCUAAUUAUCCGGGAGUGAAAUAUCCCAUUACAAACAUGAUUGAACAAAUCUCUGAACAUUUUCAGGUCUUGAUUUCUCAAUUUUUGCAUGUUUUGAAGAAUUUAUGUUUCUUGUCAGAUUAAUCAACUUAUUCUUGAUAAAAGCAUACAUGAAUGCACUGAGUGAUCAAUAUCAUGAGCAAAUUCACAAUCGUACAAAACACGACUGAUUCUUGAAAUUUCAAACAAUGUUGCUACCUACCUACCUGUUGAAAGCAUGGCAUUUGUCAUUUGGAAGUGUAACCAUUGCAUGCUCAAAGCAUACAAUUAGGGCUGGGCUCUAGCCGAUAUAUGAACAAUCUUGAUGAGAAGUAAGACCGUGCUAAGUGAAUGAAAGUGUGAGGAAGAAUUAGAAAACUAGAUGAGUUCAUUGUUAACGAGGUUAUAGUUAUGGCUUCUAAUUAGGUACUAAUGAAACCAAAAACUGUAGAGUAAAUUUUAAGUACUUAAACUCACUAUUAUAUUACUGUUCUUUAAUCAAGAAUAGUUUAACAGCUAACAAUUAGGAAAGUCAUAAAACUUAUUUGAAUGAUUUGAUAUAAAAAGUGCCAAUUUUUUAUUACGUGUAUAAAAAUAUCUAUAUAUAUGAGCUGCAUGUACAUAUAUAUUGUAACUAAAAAUGUACAGCAUGUAGGAUCACACAACUCUCUGAAACCCCGACCUCUGUAUGUUCCCAGUUGUAGACCUUUAUGUAGACACAGCUUUAGUCUUUUACCUCAAUUCUCGUUUUACACCCAACUCUUAACUUAAAAACUUAGUAAAACAUAUAUAUGUUGUCUAAUUUAUAUAUAGAUUUUGAACGAUUGACUUGUUUUUAUUUUCCCCUACUUGAAAGCACUGCCUUUAUGAGAAAAAAAGAGAGAAAUAACCUUUUCUUGUCGUCAUAGAAACAGAACACUUUGAUAAAGAAUUUAGCCGUGAACUCUAACUUUUGGUUAGGGUGGGGGGUGGGGGGGGGGGGGGCUUUACGCAGGUACUAUAUUUUAAAAUAUAUAUGCUAAAACAAUAGUUUAUUGGGAUAUUUCUGAAAAACUAGAUAAUCAAAUCAAAACAAUCAUGUUGUGAUUGUCAUAGCAGUAGCCUUAAUUUGUUUGGAAAAUUCUGUUACAAAUUCAAAUGAAACGAUUUAUUUCUCAUGAAAGGAGAUGAAAAUUUAGAAAAAAAGUAACACAAAAAGAAAUUGCAUAUUUAGGGAGACUUCAAGUCAUAAAAGAGAUAUAAAUGCAUCGUUUUACAUUUCAUACAUUAAAUUCCCAUAAUGUUUGAUAGUUUUGUAAUGUGAAACAGUAAUUAUAGAAAACUCUCAUAAACAGUCUACACUUCACAUGGUGAUAUCUAAUAAGAACAAACAUGUGUUGUCCAAGGUUGAAAUUCAAGAUUUCAAUCUUGUACUGGUAGAUUUUGUACUGUUACAAUUGAAAGGCUGCACCACUCAAAGCCUGACUUCAUGUACUCAAUUAUUCUGUAUUUGUUCGCAUCCAGUAUUUAUACAUUAAUUGUGUGAAAAAUACAUUUUGUAUUACAAUGAAACAAUUGCCAAAUUAACUAGUAAUUAAGAUUAAAAGAUAAAUGAUAUGUACAAGUUUGAUGAAGAAAAAGAUUAUUAAAAAAAUACAAAGAGUUAUGAUGAUGCAUUGUACAGUUUUUACUACAGAUUUCUAAUGUGUGUUAGAGUUUAUGCUGUAUGAUUGGAAGUCUAAUUUGGGGUUUAUUUAAAACUUGUACAGAACUGGAAUACUUACUUAUCAGAGCACUCUCUCUCUCUCUCUGUCUCUCUUAUUUUCCGGUGUAUUGUUAGAAGAAGUUUUAGUUGAUAGUACUAUAUGUCUGUAGAUAACUAUUGUAUAUGUGAUGUACAUUCAAUCUUACUUGACUGGCGUAAUGUAGAUAUAUUCAGACUUCAGAUGGACACGUAGUAAUCAAUUAGGGAGAGGAUAAAGCAGUAUUUUAUAUGAAAAUUAUACCCUGUAAUUGUAUUUGGGUCGCGUUCUUCAUAGGGGAUCAGGUGGACUCGAUCCAAGCGUGUUUUAGAUUUGAACUCACGGUUAUCUUGAAAGAGGAAUGACGACAUUGAUGUUCUGUCAGAUCUCCUCUCGCAAGAGAUAAUGUGGUCCAAAUCUUGUUGGAUAAAGAAGACCUUUGAUCGUAAAACACAACCUGGAAUAUGUUGGUCAUUUUUCAGGUCCCCUUUUAUUAUAUAUUUGAUUUCAUCUUCAAUGUAAACUCCUUAACUUAUCUAAAUUGUGUGUAUCAUAGAUAAACCAUAGCUACCUACUCAGUUCAAUCACUAACAUAUUAUGUAGAUUCUCUCAUAAAAUAUUAUUACAAUGGAUCAUUCAAUUACGGUACUGGAAUGAUGGGAAGCUGAUCAUGUUCAGUUAAUUUCUAUGUCAUUAUGAUGAAGAGUUGAUUUUGUUUUUAAGAAUGUAUUUUGAGGUUGUUUUGUGUUUUUUUAAUUUUUUUUAAAAAGAAUUCCCCUAUCAAAAAGUUGACUAUAGCAAUGUAGAAAUCACCAAAUUUGACUAAUAUUUGAUGUGAUUCUGCGCAAAUUACUAAAAAUGGUUCAGGAAUAGGUAUUAAAAAGGUCGCUUUUGUCACCUUUUCUGUAUUAUGCACGUGGGAUACGUACUGCCUCUUGAUGUGGAAAAAUGAACAGAUUUUUGUUGUCAUGUACUUAACUAGAAUAUCCUCAUGAUUUGUAUACAUGUAUAAAGCCCACCGCACAAUAUACAAUCUUCCUACAGUCCAAUUUGUUUAAAAGAAAUGGCAAUAGGUAUAGAAUUCUAAACAAACGAUCUUGGUUCUGAAUAAUGAAAAGAAUGCAAACAACAGGAAUUUUAGUGCAUUUACGCUUUCUACUCAGAUAAGAGCCGAAUCGGUUGCAAAUUGUAGACAAUCCGACGUCACCACGAUUCUGAGCUGAUUUUGGCUAUUUGAUGGCUACUCCUCUUUCAAGAAAGCUUGAAAUCAAUUUAAAUCUUGAUUUAAAUAAUCAUAUGCCUGUUCAAAUCAUUGAUCAUUAAGAAUUUAGAAAUUUGAAUGUUCAUAUCAAAUGCUAUCGUGAAUUAUUUGAAUAUCGAACAGCAGGAGGAUUGUAUAGUGUACGAUGGGCUUAAGUAAUAUAUUUAGGAUGUUUCUUUUCUGUACAAAGAAAUCUUUGAUGAUAUUUAUAUUUUCUCUACUUAUCAUUAUCACUUAUUUCUCAAUAUGAGAUAAGAUUAUGGUUGUAUAUUACUUUCGUUGUAAAUAUGUAUGUAUUAUGAUUAUACUUCAGUAUAUAAAACAGCAGGCCUCAAGCCAGUAUCAAUAUCAUUUGAUUAAUCACAUUAUAGUUUCAUUAAAUUAUAUUAUUUUACUCUCUACUUGUAUUUUACCUCUUCUCUGAGGAGAAAGAAAGAACGUUUACAUUCAACUUAAUUAAGACUCCCUUUUUAAUUUCAAUUUAUUAUGAAAUGAUCCAUUAUUUUCAAGCAUUUUAAAAAAGAUUGCAGAAGACUCACAUGUCUAUUAUUCUUUAGUGCCCCAUUUCUUGUAAAUUGAUAAUUUGACAAUAUCAAUAAAAACUUCAAUGUUAUCAGCACCAAAGAAAUUAUUUGAUGUUCAAGAACACUUUAUAAACUCACUCAUGGUGAACCCCAAACAUGACUGUUUUAAUUGUCCUUGGUUUUUGUUAGAAAAUUUCAGCUAGCAUAUCAACCUUUGAAGUGCUAUUAUAAGUACUAUAUGCUCUUCAUAUGAAUUGUAAUUGUUAUCUAUUUAAUUUUGUUGGUUUUGUGUUUUUUCUUUUCCUCUCUUGGUUUUAAGUGGCUUCCAGAGUCGUUAACAAUUUGCUGCUAACUUGUGAUAUGAAUGUACAUAUUCUGUUCAGUUUUCUACUCCCCACAUGGAGAAACAUUUUAUGUCCUGUUUCUUAUUUACUGUUGUCUCCUAUAUUGCAAGAAGUACUCUAAGCCCUAGAUAUAUUGAAGUUGAUGUAAUCUAGCUUAACUCCUGGUAGUUCUCAAACUUGAUUUUGAACUUUAUUUUCCUCACUCAAGGGAGCAGCAUGUAAUGGCAUCAUUGAACCUGCACCUGCUUGGUUCUGCCAAAUUGUCAAUCUAAUACCGAACUACAUUCAUUUCAUUUGCACUUCAAUUCUCAUUGAUAUAAUGUGCUACCACAUUGUUCCAUAUAUUUAUGUCUAUUAGAGUUGAUUUGAAGUUUUCUUUUUUUUUAAAGUUCUCCUGUAAUAGAAUCAAAAGAUUUAGUUUGCUUCACUGUUAUGUUACCACUGCCCAAUCUUCUUAAAAAUGAUAUCGCACAUUUACCUCACAUACCUUAAAAAUCCUGUGUAUAAGACGCACCCCUAAGUUACAUGCACUCACUGACCAGGGGCCUGUCUCACUUUUAAAAAGAGUUGCAAUUAAUCUGAAUCAAAUCAUAUGCCCUUUAAUCGGUGGAUUGUGCAUCGAUUUGCGAUCAAAGUAAUAAUGUUUGAUUUGAAUCAAUUGCAAUUCUGUAUGAGACAGGGCCCAGAUGACAUAUCCAUACACAGAAAUAGUUCUAAACUUUCACAAUUUAUUAGAACAAUAGGGCUAACAAAAGUUAUUAUGGUAAUGUAUUUAAUACAGGUGAAGUUGCGAGUGAAUUAAGGCUUGUUCAGACAUGACCUGGCAAAACUGUGGCUGUUUUUUUAAAAACGAUGAUGUUAAAGAUAAACUUGAGUACUGGUAAUGCGAUUGCAUUGUGAAAGAAAAGGUGUGGAAUGGAUCAGAAAAGUUGAUCAUAUAGCAUGUAAGUAAUAGUAUGUAAUGCAAGGUUCUAGAGUCAUCAAAAUCAUCAUAAAUUUGGCAGAGUCUUGGUAAAGUAACAAUCACUUACACAGAUAGAUGUAUAUGGGACAACACACAUAGUGUCGGGGCUAGUACUACCCUGAUUUCCUUAUCUUUCUAUGCUCAUUACUCAGCCAGUAUACAUUUUCUUCCAAAAUUGUUUGGCACAUGACAUUUAUUUGUAAUCUAGAACAUUCAGUGUAAGUUUCGUUAGAUUCUGUAAGAAUUCAUUUUUUUUUUUUUUUACCAGAACUCAAGUUUAUCUUUAAUAGUAAAGUGUAAUAUGCUUCACGUGUGGGUAUGUUAUAGCACAGAGCUUGGUGAAUAUGUGCAAAGUCUUUGUCGCAUUCAGUUACUAUUCAUGAACAAGUUGAAAAAACCUGCGGCAGCUGUCUUGCGAUGGUUUACUGGGCCGCAUCUUAACAAGUCUUCAUGGUUUCUUUAGAUAGAAUUAUGACCAUGUGCAGACAAAAUAUAAGCAAAGCUGUACCUCACUUAAAUCUGCUGCUUAUUUCUGCCAUUUUACGUGUUAUGUUGAGCAAAUAUAAGCCACUUGAACUAAUGGAAAAGUACUUUGUAAAUUUAGGAUGAAGUUCGUUGUACUUUUUUGUAAUUUCCAUGCAUAUUGUAUUCACUUAGACGUAAGAUGUCCACUACAUUUUUUUUGAUAAUGGAAAUGGAAUUUUUGAUAUUAUAGUCGCCAUCAGAUCACCUCUAAUCUAUUUUCAUCCAGAUUCAAAAAAUGAUUAAUCCCAACUCAAUGAAAAUAAUACACAAUAAACAUAUUUCUUUAUCAGCUUGGUUUUACAACACAUGCUUUUGUGCCAGUUGCUACAUGACCGAGUACCUAUACACUAAUUGCAUUUUGGAACUUCAGCCUUUCACAAAAUACUAUACAUAAACCUAAAGCAAACCCAUAACCCAAUCACAACCCUAACCCUAUAUCUCUUAAGACAUAAACUCCAAAAGAGUCAUCGCCAUGGUAAUUGCUAGAGCACUGCCUUACUUAUUCACUUCAGGUCCAGUUAUCUGAUGGCAACUAUUUUCAAUCAGAAUACAUUCUCUUGAAGAGAAAAAGUCAGAUAGUUAAUCACUUAUGGGAAGAAUAACCUGUACAAUUUUUGCUCGACCUCUUCAUAAAACACAAUGAAAUGUUUUUAUUAGCUCAGAAUAUCUCUCUCUUUUCGUUUUGAGAGGGUGAGAAAAAAAUGUAGGGUAUGUAGAGACUUGACAACCUGUACUGAAGAGAACACUAUGUAUAUAAGCAUUUUUUGUUAGUAUAGUGGUAUUGUACUGAGCGGAAAGGGGGAUUGUGAAAGAGAUCUUUGGGUCAUUUCUUCUUUUCUUUUUUUAAAAUCCCCCAAACAGUUACUACUUUGUUGAUAAUGACUACAUUUUUUCAAUAAAAUAUCUGAAAAAAAUA